AUGUGGAAUGUUUUUAAUUUCAAUAAUAUUGAUGAUAAAUUAAAAAAUUUUAAAAAUGAAAAAGAAAUAUAUACUCACGAAGAUUUAAGGUAUUACUUUGAAAAGUUGGUGAAAAUAAACCUGAACAAUGUGAAUGUAAAUAACUUCAUAGAAUUAAUAAGAAAAAUUACUCAAAUAACAAUAUGGGGAGACAAAUAUGAUGAUCAAAUAUUUCAAUAUUUUUGUGAGGACAACAUCUUUAAUCACUUCAUUUAUUUACUGAAGCAGAAAAUAAAUAAGAAUAUCAGGAUACAAAUAUAUCAGUCUCUUACUAUGUUAAUACAGAACAUACAAAAGGAUAUAUCUUUAUAUUAUAUAUUCAGCAACAACAAAAUAAACAAUUUAAUUUAUACCACAUUUAUUUAUCAAGAUGAUGAAAUUAUGCCAUAUUAUAUUUCAAUGAUUAAAUCAAUUUCUUUUUUUUUGAAUUAUCAUACCUCCAAGUUCUUUUUUAACGAAAAGAGUAUGAAAUUUCCGUUAUAUACAGAAUCAUUGAGGCUAUACAAAUUUAAUGAUAUAAUAACUAGGACAUACGUUAAAAACAUCAUUCUUAAUAUACUCAAAAUUGAUGAUGAAGGUAUAGAGAAUUUAAUCUUAUUAAGGUCAUCGUUUUUUACCAUCCUAGUAUGUUAUUUAAGAAAUAAUUUAAUAAAGAUGAAUAAAAUAUAUACCAAAACAAAAGAAUCGAAAAAGUUAAAUAAACAUUUCAAUAAUUAUUUAGAAGAAAUUGAUGAUGUUUUAUAUUUUUUUGAAGAUAUGCUUAAUUGCGAAAAAAAAAGAAUCAAUGAUAUGUUAAUAGUAAAGCUUAUUAUUUAUUUUUAUUUUCCAAUAAUUGGUUCUUUUCAUAACGCCAUAUAUUUUCAUGGAGUUCAUCCUGAAAGCGAUAGUAACAUUUGUAAUCAUGCGGAGAAACGAGAAGAACAAAAUAUGUUCAAGAAGGAUAUUAAUAGUAAUGAUAUAAACGAGGAGCAACUUAAUUAUGGUAGUCUUGAUUAUGUAUAUUUUUCAAGCAAUGGAAAAGAUGGUACUUCAAAAGAAGUUCAUAUGAAUCAUGCAAAAAAAAAUGACACAAAUAAUGUGAAUAAACAAAAUGAAGAGGACAAAAAUAAUUUGGAAGAUAAAAAUGAUUUGGAAGAUAAAAAUGAUUUGGAAGAUAAAAAUGAUAUGGAAGAUAAAAAUAAUAUGGAAGAUAAAAAUGAUAUGGAAGAUAAAAAUAAUAUGGAAGAUAAAAAUGAUAUGGAAGAUAAAAAUGAUAUGGAAAAUAAAAAUAAUUUGGAUGGUAAAAACAAAUUGGAUGAUAAAAAAAAAGAUCAAAAACAAAAAAAUAUGUAUAAGAAUGAAAAAGUUCCAACAGAUUCACAUAACGAAAAAAAAAAGAAAGAAGUUGCUUUCAAAUUAAACGAACAAAAUGAUAAUGAUAUGAUGGAUUAUCAAAAUAAUAAAAAUUCAAAAGAUGAUGAUAGUAAUAAUAUUAAUAAUAAAGACGAAAAAGAUAAAAAUGAUAUAAUUUAUACUAAUCCUGAAAUAUCUUUAGAGAAAAUUCAACUGUUCAAUUCAUAUAAUAUUCCCUUUUUACGAUUAGUUGAUAAUAAUUUUAGAAAUUGUAAAAAUUAUGAUUUCUGUAAAAGUUUAUCUUCAUCAAAUGAAUCUUCUAUGAAUUCUAACAUAAGCUACAUUGAAAGAGAGAAGGAUGAAGAUUUGUUUUUUAAUGAAGAAAAUAUAACGAAAACUGAACCUUUAAUAAAUGAAGAUGAUAAUACUAUAAAUAAAAAUGACUCUAACAAAAAGAAUGAAAGUAAUAACAAAAAAAAAGAGAAAAAAAGUGAAAAUGCUUAUGAAUUUUUGUACUUUAAAGGAAGAUUAAAUGUUAGGAGACAAAAGGAUACUGAUAAAAAUAAAACAGAAGCAAAUAAAAAAAAGGUCGACAAUGAAACAAACACUGUAAAAAAUAAUAAUAUGAUUGAUCAAUAUAAUAGUGAUUCUAAUUUUAUAAAAGAAAAUGAUUUAAAAGAUUAUUAUUUUAAAAAAAGAGAAAAAAAAAAUAUAUUCAUUCAAUUAAAUUCACGAAAUGGAAUAUUACAUAAAAAAAAAAAAAUAAAUAAUAAUAAUAAUAAUAAUAAUAAUAAUACACAAUUGAACAAUAAUUCCUUUAAUAAUAAUGAAGAAUUUUGUGAUAUAAAUAAUUUUAUAAAUAAUAAAGAAUUUUUAAAAGAUAUUAAACAAAAUAAUUUAUAUGAUUCAUGUUAUGUAGAAAUACCAACCCUCCAAAAAAAAAUUACUUUUGAUGAAAAUAUUAAUAAUGAUAUAUAUAAUUAUUUAUUUAAUUUUAAUUGUUUUACAUUAAAUGUAUUAAAUUUCUAUAACCAUAAUAUUAGUGUUACAAAUGUUUUCUACAAUAUUUUUAAAGUAGGCUUAUGUCUUCAUCCAUUGUGCUACGUAAACUCCUUUAAAAAUUUCUCUUUAUUGUAUAAUUAUCUUAUAAAUACGAACCUUUCUUUAUUUAUACUUAUCAGAUCAUUGAAUAUACUUAAAAAUGAUAAAAUUAAUAAAAUCAUAUAUUCACUAAUUUUUGGGGAACAGAUUAAUGAAUGCUUUUUACAUAAAAUUUUAUCAAAUGAAUUAAAGGAUCCUUAUUUUUAUGCAUAUUUUUUUGAUGCACAUAAAAAAAUGAAUAUCAAUAAAAAUACAAAUGAUGAUAUGGAAUUUGAAGAUAUUUACACAUCUUCCAUAAAUUACUUAUUACCUGAAUAUAACAAGGAAGAAGAAGCUUCCUAUUUAAAUCUAAUUAAUAAAUAUUAUAAGAAUAUGGUUACAAAAAUAUUACCUUGUUCCAAAGAAAAUGGUAAAGGAGAACAAGGCGAAAAGGAAGACAAAAGAAUUGUUAGUGAGGAAAAGAAGGAAAUUGAAGAAAAUAAAGAAAAUUGUUCGAUUAUCCAAGAAAAGGAGAUUAACAAGACGGGUGAUGAAGAUAAGGAGAUUAACAAGACGGGUGAUGAAGAUAAGGAGAUUAACAAGACAGGUGAUGAAGAUAAGGAGAUUAACAAGACAGAUGAUGAAAAUAAGAAGAUUAACAAGACAGACGAUAAAGAUAAGAAGAUUAACAAGACAGAUUUUGAAGAAAAGGAUAUUAGCAAGACAGAUUCUGAAGAAAAGGAUAUUAACAAGACAGAUUCUGAAGAAAAGGAUAUUAACAAGAUAGAUUCUGAAGAAAAGGAUAUUAACAAGACAGAUUCUGAAGAAAAAGAUAUUAACAAGACAGAUUCUGAAGAUAAGGAGAUUAACAAGACAGGUGAUGAAGAUAAGGAGAUUAACAAGACAGAUGAUGAAGAAAAGGAUAUUAACAAGACAGAUUCUGAAGAAAAAGAUAUUAACAAGACAGAUUCUGAAGAUAAGGAGAUUAACAAGACGGAAGAUGAAGAAAAGGAAAUUAACAAGACAGAUUCUGAAGAUAAGGAUAUUAACAAGACAGGUGAUGAAGAAAAGGAUAUUAACAAGACAGAUUCUGAAGAAAAAGAUAUUAACAAGACAGAAGAUGAAGAAAAGGAGAUAAACAAGAAUGAUAAUAAGGAUAAUCAUAAUAAAGAAAAAGUUGAUGAAGAUAAGGAUAUUAACAAGACUGAUGAUAAGGAUAAUCAUAAUAAGGAUAAAGUUGAUGAAGAUAAACAGAUUAACAGUACUGAUGAUAAAGAUAAGAAGAAUAAUAGUACUUGUCAGGAACAAAAAGAAAAAGAAACAGUUGUUAAAAAAGGAAAACAAGAUGAACCAAGUGUUCAUAAAGAAAAGGAGUUGAAAGAUCAAGAAAAUAAAGAACAUGUUAACGAAAAGGAUAAUAAAAAAAAGGAUAUAUUGGAUCAAAAUUUUAAAGAGAAAGAUAUAAAUGAAGAAGCAACUGUGAUAGAAGAAGAAAACAAACAAACUAAGAUAAAUUGUAUGAAAGAAAAUGAGAAUAUUGGUGAUAUAGAAAAAAAUUUAACAAGUAAUAACAUAAUGAAAUAUAACGAAUUAAGUAACCCAAUAUUACUUAAUUUCAUGUUACUUACUAAUAUACAAAAAGAGAAAAAUAUUAAAAAAUGUGAAAAAGAUAAUAUUAAAAAUAAAAUAUCAGAUAUAUAUUUAUUGUUAAGUAUCCAGUUUAUUUAUAAUUAUUUAAAUACAUCAGAUGAUGAUUUGAAUAAUAUGAACAUUUCUUUUUUUAAAGUGUCUAAUUACAAUUUCUUAUAUAUUUAUUGGAACAUUAUAAAUGUCCAUAUAAAUAAUUUAUAUUUACGAAUUAUUACAUUGAAAUUGUUAGUUAAUUUGACAUUAUUGUAUGUUCAGAAAAUAAAGGAUAAAAGUGUGUGUACCGAAUUUGUAACACCAUUAUUAUCAUUAGUGGAAAAGAUUAAGAAAAAAUUGGCAAAUAAAAUUAAAAGCAUUAUAUGCAAAAUGGAAUAUAAAGUGUGUCAAAUAUUUUGGGAGGAAUCUAAAAUAUAUGAAAAUUGUUGUCAAGAAAAAAUAAAUAUAUGUGGAGACUCCAUAUUAAUGAAUAUCGUUAAUGAAGCAGAAGAAUUUGAGGAUUAUCACUUUCUGUCUUAUCCUGUGUCUCAAAUAGAAAUAUACAGAAGAAAUGUUCAUGCCUUAUUUGUUUUAAACGGUUUCUCUAGCCAACUUCAGGAUAUAAUAUCUAACACAAACAUUGACCCAAUGAAAUCAGUUCCCUUUGAUUUUAGUUACAAAGACGCAACAGCCUUAAUAGACAUAAAAAAUAAAAAUACAAUUAAAUGCUUCUUAAAAAAUAAUAACAAAAUUUUCAAUUGUUAUUAUAUAGAAGAUAAAACCAAUUUUUUAUUAUGCAUUCCAUCUAAUAGUCAUGUAAAUCAAGCUCUCAUAAUUUUUAGCUAUCCGUUAAUGUUAAUCGAUUUAUAUAUAGACAAAAAUGAUAAUAAGAAGUUGAUAGUUCAUGCUUACAGUUAUAACAAUGAAGAGAAUAAUGUUGAUGAGUCAGUUAUCACAACCUUUAAUAAUUCUGAAAAAAUAUUUAAUGAUAAUAAUACAUAUGACAGUAAUUAUGUUAAUAUAGUAAGAUGUUAUAGUUCAAAUAAUGAUGAUAACAUAUCUGAUGAAAAUGUUAAAAUUCAUAAAAAUGAUUAUAUCCUAAAUAAAUAUAGUUCAGCUUAUAAGAAGAAUAAGACAAUAACAAAUGUGAAAAAAGAGUGGUGCGUUAAGGAACUCAAUUUUAUGAAGAACAUUUUGAAGCUCAAUUUUUAUGAUACAACAAGAUCUCUUAUUGUAUACAAAGAAAUAAAAUCAGGUAUACAAAGUGUGAACGACAAAUACAAAAAGAAGCUGGAGGAAUAUCUUGAUACGUUUAAUUAA